AUGGUUAGUAUAUUUUCCAGCAAUAGCUUCUAUCACUUUAUAGAAACUUUGAUAGGAGGAAACUGUAUUCUUUUAAACUCGUUACAUAAAAUGGCGCAUCUGCGUUCACCCUUCACCGUAGUCUGUUCAGUGUUCGUUGAUCCGUUAUCGUUCUCUUUCGGAAAGCAGCGGUCAAGGUCUGGGAAUUGGAACAAUAACCGUGGCGGUAGCGGUGGUUCCAAAUUUGGAGGAGGCGGAGGAGGAGGAAGAUUUGGAAAUAAUGGUGGUGGUGGCGGCGGCGGAAGAUUUGGAGGCGGUGGUGGUGGCGGUAGAAAAGAAUUUUCAGGUGGUCAAAACAUGCGAAAACCUAACUGGGAUUCCAUGUCACUACAACCUUUUAACAAGGACUUCUACAACCCUGCACCUACAAUACUUAACAGAUCAGCUUAUGAAGUUGAAGAAUACAGAAAUGAACAUGAAAUCACCAUAAGUGGUGUAAGCGUUCCAAACGCAAUUCAAAAUUUUGAUGAGGCCAACUUCCCUGACUAUGUUCUGCAGAGCAUAAAAAACUCAGGGUACAAAGAUCCAACCCCUAUUCAAGCACAAGGCUGGCCCAUCGCUAUGUCAGGCAAAAACUUAGUUGGAAUAGCCCAAACUGGGUCAGGAAAAACCUUGGCUUAUAUUUUACCAGCUAUUGUACAUAUCAAUAAUCAACCACCCAUUAGGAGAGGUGAUGGUCCCAUAGCUCUUGUUUUAGCACCUACACGUGAACUGGCUCAACAGAUUCAACAAGUCGCAACUGAUUUUGGAAAUGCUGCAUAUGUCAGAAACACGUGCAUUUUUGGUGGAGCCCCAAAGAGAGAACAAGCACGUGACCUCGAGCGUGGUGUUGAAAUUGUCAUUGCCACACCUGGUAGAUUAAUUGAUUUCCUUGACAGAGGAACCACAAACCUGCAACGUUGCACAUACCUUGUUCUUGAUGAAGCUGACCGCAUGUUGGACAUGGGUUUUGAACCACAAAUUAGGAAAAUCAUUGAACAAAUUCGCCCAGACAGACAAACUUUAAUGUGGUCAGCAACAUGGCCUAAAGAAGUCAAGAAGCUGGCUGAAGAUUAUCUUGGUGACUACAUGCAAAUCAAUGUUGGAUCUAUGCAGUUGUCUGCUAACCACAAUAUUCUUCAAAUAAUUGAUGUUUGCCAAGAACAUGAAAAAGAAAACAAAUUAAAUACACUUCUUCAAGAAAUUGGAGAAAGUCAAGACCCUGGAUCCAAAACCAUUAUAUUUGUUGAAACCAAAAGAAAGGUAGAAAAUAUAACUAGAAAUAUUAGACGCUAUGGAUGGCCAGCAGUUUGUAUGCAUGGGGAUAAAACUCAACAAGAGAGGGAUGAUGUACUGAGGCAAUUCAAGCAAGGCAGAGCUAGCAUUCUUGUUGCUACUGAUGUUGCUGCCAGAGGACUUGAUGUGGAUGGUAUUAAGUAUGUAAUUAACUUUGACUAUCCUAACUCAUCUGAAGAUUACAUUCAUCGUAUUGGAAGAACUGGUAGAUCAAAAUCAAAAGGAACGUCGUACGCAUUUUUCACACCAUCCAAUUCGAGACAAGCCAAAGAUCUUGUAUCUGUCCUACAGGAAGCAAACCAGAUGAUCAGCCCCCAGCUUCAGUCCAUGGCAGAUAGAUGUGGAGGUGGUGGUGGUGGAUGGAACAGAAGUAGAUUUGGAGGUGGCAGCAGAGGUGGUACUUUUAAGAGAGGUGGAAAUUUCGGUAGAAGUAAUGGCUCUGGAAGUAACGGUUCCCACAAAAAAUUUAAUGACUAUUGA